CCUCUUUGAACCUCAUUGGUGGGGGGAGACUGGAAUGCGAGGCGUGCGGUGGAAGUUUCUAAGUAAGUAAUCAGCCGCUGUGUGUGCGCCUACACAGAAAUACCUUCUGGUGCGUGACUGAAAAAGCUGACCGGAGGCCGCUACCCACCCACACAAAAACACACACAGACCAGCACAGAGUUUCAACCGCAACAGCCCGUGUAUUAUAUACCGGUUUAUAUUUGUUUUAACCGUGUUGUGGCAACUUUUUUUGUUUUUGCAAAUAAUAUAUAAUAAGCAAAACACAAGACAUUGCUAUGGCAACCGGCGUGCGUCAUGAUGCAAUUGAGGAUAACAUCUCCUUCGCUUUGUCGGACUGUUACGCAAAAGCCGAAGCGUUAGCCCGAAAAGUACACAGCGAAGCCAAGCAGAUCACAGAGAGUUACAGAGAAAAGCAAGGCUUGAGCCAAGAUCUCAACCUGGACUCCAUAGACGGGGUCCCCGAGUCUGGCACCUCGAAAUGGGCAGAGCUGACCGAGGAAGAGAGGCUGAGAGAGAACGCAGCGGCCUUCGCUGCCCUUCACAGACUGCUGGGCACGGUCCUGAAAGAACAACAAGAUGACCUCACUCCCGGGGACUACAAGUUCCAUGAUGCACUGCUUUCGCUGCUGGCCAAGGUCGAGGCCCUGGCUGAAACCACCAAGCAGCUGCUGCUCUCUCUGGGCCACGUGCUGCCCAGGGCUGAGGAGGAGAGGGAGGAGGAAGGUCUCAGGUACUUCCAGAAGAAGAGGAGGGGGUACAAAGUGAUCGUGGAGCUCAGCGGCUGGGCUCUGAGGGCCGUGCGGGACUUCGCCAGGCUGAAGAGGAGAAACAGGAGGGAGGCGGGAGGGAAGAGGGAGGUUAAGAAGCGAGGGAGCAGGAGAUAGAGAGGGGGGAGGGGGGGAGAGGGAGAGAUGGAGGUUAAGAAGCGAGGGAGCAGGAGAUAGGGGGGGCAGCAGUGUGGAGUAGUGGUUAGGGCUCUGGACUCUUGACCAGAGGGUCGUGGGUUCAAUCCCAGGUGGGGGACACUGCUGCUGUACCCUUGAGCAAGUUACUUUAGCUAGAUUGCUCCAGUAUAAAUACCCAACUGUAUAAAUGGGGAAUUGUAUGUAAAAAAAAUGUGAUAUCUUGUAACAAUUGUAAAUCGCACUGGAUAAGGGCAUCUGCUAAGAAAUAAAUAAUAAUAAUAAAAAUAAUAAGAUAGGGAGGGAGGGAGAGAGAGACAGAGGGAGGGAGAGAGAAACAGAGAGUCAGGAGAGAGAGGGAGAGAAACAGACAGAGAGAGAAACAGAUAUAGAGAGAAAUGGAGAUGGGGAGGGAGGGAGAAAAAGAUACAGAGAGAGAUGGGGAGAGAGAGGGAGGGACAGUGAAACAGAUACAGAGAUGCGGAGAGAGAGGGAGGGAGAGAGAAACAGAGAGAGAGAUGAAAUGCAGUGGUGAAAAAGGACUGGUGUUUUUUGUGUAACAUAGAAAUGACCCAGCACCUUUUUUGUUUGUUUUUUUGUCUCGAUACAGUUUUGCAAAUGAUCGUCCGUAUUGAAUAACCAGCGUAUUGUACCAAUAUAUUUUAGGAUGCAACGUCGAUAAGUAAAAAAAAAAAAAGACUUUAUUGAAGAUGAUGUCAAAACGCUCUCGCGUUCCAUGAGUAGAAUGCGACAUCGAUGAGUAAAUAAAUAAAUAAAUAAAUAAAAAUCACUAGCCACUUAGACUAAUGAUUAAACAUUUCAGUAUUGAAACAAACGCUGCUUGAGAUAUAUUCGCUGGCAGGCCUGAUCAAGUUCGUCUGCAUUCGUGUAACUGAGAAAUGGCUAUGGAAGGACGUUAUUUGUGAAAUGCAUUUCUCUGUAUGUAGGAUUGUAUUGAUUCAAAUCAUCAAAAGUCACACUUUUUUUAAGAGCUUAACCAUUAGACAUAAUAAUGAAGCCGCUAAUUAUUAGAAAUUAAGCAGUGGUAUCAAUUUUAUAGGUCAGUUUUCUUAACGCUGUCUCGGGCAGUAAAGCAUUCUGAUGGCAAUCAGAUAAGUUUGCACAGCGGUCCUCAUCGCAAUGCUUUGUACUUGUGAUCUUUUCAUGAGCUCGUUACUCAAAUGAAUCAUGAAGGAGGAAUAGGCAGCGAUUGCAUGAGUGAGUGAGGUGUGAAAUGCAUGACCUUCAUUCUGUUGUACAGGAGAGUUUUUAACUCUACCUUGUAGGUACUGUAGUGCUUGGAGAAAUACUGCAAUAGUCACCCUGCUUGAAAUGUAGUGGGUUGCAAACGUGACCAGUUUGACGUUCGUUCGUGUAAGUGGGAGGGAGGGAGGCAGUGUGGCUCUGGUGGAGCUGA